UCUGCCGCCAGGAACGACCAGUAGUCAAGAUGAAGGUGAAAUGGACCAUGCUGGGGAUGGUGGUCUUCUUUCUACUCUCUGUUAUCAUGACCUUUGGCUUCAUAUGGCAGUACAGGAUACCAAAGCAGAAGAAAGAAGUCCAAGAGAGAAAAGUGGAAGUAGAGGAGAUGUGUCCUCGCUUCCCUGAGCCUGUGCCCCUCCAACAUCCCAUCACUUCUCUGAGGGUCGCCUUGGAAAAAAUUGAUAUCCUCCUGAGGACGACCGUUUUCAAGACCAAACUGCCGGCCAUAUCAGCCAUGGUGGUUUUAAACGACUCAGUUCUGUGGAACGGAAACUUUGGCAAGAAAAACAUCAGCGACCCGACCUCAGUGGCACCCAAUGAGUAUACAGUGUACAGAAUCGCGAGCCUCUCGAAGAUCUUCCCCGCUCUGAUGCUCUACAAAAUGUGGGAGAACGGCCAGGUGGGCUCGUUGGACGACCCCCUGGAGAAGUACGCUGACAACUUCACCAUCAAGAACCCGCUGGGGAAAGGCGGGAGGCCAGCCUCGUCGUCUGUCAGGACCUCCGGCAGCAGAUCUCCUGCUCUCACCCUGCGCAGGAUGGCCAGCCAGCUCUCUGGGUUACCCAGAAGAUUAAGGUCAACUAAUCUCCUCUGGAGCGGGGACACAGAGGAAGCCCUUAAUUUGUUACAGGAUGAUGUCCUCGUGGCCGAUCCAGGCACCAAAUGUCAUUACAGCAAUGUUGCUUUCUCGUUAUUGGCCAACGUCUUGGCCAGGAAGGUGGCUGGCACAGACUUUGAGAGCUGGUUGUCUGAAAACAUUCUGAAGCAGCUCAACAUGGAGGACACCGGCUUCAACAUAACUCCAGCCGUUCAGAAGAGAAUGGCCGUUGGCGUGUACAGCAACGGCCAGCCGGCUCCCCUCUACAACCUGGGCUGGUAUCGACCCGCGGGUCAGAUGUAUUCCACCGCUGCUGAUAUGGCCAAGCUCAUGAUGGGUCUUCUGGGCGCUUACAGCGGGAGACCCCUUCGCCAGGACACCCUGAACACGAUGAUGACGCCGCUCUACAAAUGCCACAGCAGCUACUUUGCCAACUCCACGGGAACGCCGUGGGAGAUCAACGAUCAGCAUGGCUACGACGUCGUGAGGAAAGACGGGGACCUGGACGGCUACGCUGCGACCCUCUCACUGGUGCCAAAGCUCAAGCUGGGAAUGGUGGUCCUGAUGUCCGGGGUCCGGCCUUCAGAUAAAGACCUUGUGACUCAGGCCUACAGCUUGCUCAUCCCUGCAAUGGAGAGCGCCUUCAGGGAAGCUAAACGGACCCUCAGACCGCCACCCAACCCGUAUCCAUAUGUGGGCUUCUAUACUUACAGGAACAUGACUUUCUAUCAGAUUAAGGUGGAUUCAGAUGGGGUGCUGAUCAUGCAGCAGUUUGGACCACAGGUCGACACAACCGUGCCAUCCAAGUACCGGACUAUUCGCCUGGACUACCUGCAGGAGAGAGUGUUCAGGGUGGUGUUCGAGAAGCCGUAUCCGUGCAAGCUGAAGGUUCACACCGCCUCGGUCUCCCUGGAGGCGCAGGACCGACAGCUCUUUAACUUUUACCUUUUCAACAAGAGGGGCAUAUCGCCAGGGUUCGACUCCCCAGGACUCAACACUUACAAGGUGACGCGGAUAGGAGGCAGACCAUACUUUGCAUCAUGAGGAAAGGGAAAGAGACGCUCAUCAAGUUCAUCACUGGAACUGGGAUUUGUGGGAAACGUGAUAUGGCAACACCUGGCAAUUUUUUUGACUGACAAUCCAGUAAUCAAGUGUUCAUUGUCUUGGAUUCUACCUUGCUAAGGGUGAAGUGAAUAUUCUGGAUUUAUUUUGUAUCAUUAUUAUUAUUAUCUUGUCCUCUACCCAUAGUAGAUUCCAAUUCUCUCAUUUAGUCUUGUUGAAAUAUUCAUAUUCAUUUUAAAGCGAUUCUUCAGCACAAACUAACUGAUAAAAAUGUUUACUGUAUAAAUGUUUGCCGCCACGUGAUUGGUCGAUGGACAAUGUGGCGGUAACUCUCUUUGACCUUUAAGUGCCUGCAGUAUGACCCAGCUAAGAGAAUAAACACAAGUGAGUGACAGGUCAAGUGAUCAACAUUUCCACCAUGACAGUAUGUAAACAUGUUUAUUUGGAACAGGAGAGCAAGACAGUACGCUGAAUAAAACCUAUGUUAUAUACAGAGGUUUUGUCAAGUCUGAUUUUAGUGUUUAU